AUGGAGGGUGCAGUAUCGGAGCUUCAGGAAGCCACCAAGCAGAUGGUACGGGUGGAGUCAGCAAGCCAGUAUGCUGCUGCCAAGGGCAAGCGCAAGCGUAGGAACCCAAGCUUCCGUGAAGAAAACACAGUGGCCAAAUUCUACACCCACUGUCCAGCAGCCAGGAGGGAAGCGCCCCUACUCUUCUGGAUUGCGCUGGUGUAUUCCAGCUUGGAUGCAGCGGGUAACCAACCCCUGGACACUCCAGUUGGUAAUACACUGUUACAUUCUGGGCUACAGAGUCUUGCUCUGCACAGACAACACAGAGGUGGUCUCCUACAUCAACAAGGCGGGAUGGAGGGACCAGAUCCCCAUCACUAUCAACUCUGGUGGAAGAAAUUCUCAAUUCGUGCCUGGAAUUGCAAUGUGGAGCUAACUGCACACCACCUUCCAGGGGUGCGGAACAGUCAAGUGGACGCCCUCUCGCGGCGACUUUGUCUCCAGAACACAGAGUGGCAGGUAUUGGGUUUGGAUUGUGAAUGGGUGAGUGUUGAUGGCCAUCCUAAUCCAGUCUCACUUCUACAACUUUCAACAUUAGAUUACUGUUAUCUCAUACAAAUCCAUAGAAUUCAACCAAUGCUACCAGAAUGUUUAAUUGAUAUAUUACAGGACAAAAGCAUUCUUAAAGUUGGUGUCGGUAUUAUGGAGGAUGCUAAGAAACUGUUACAUGAUUACAAGAUGUUAGUUAGAGGUUGUGUGGAUCUCAGAACCUUCACAUUCAGACAUCGCCCUCAGUUGAAACGUUGUAUCACCGGAAGUCUUGCUGAUCUAUCUUAUGAGAUUCUAGGAAAAGAAAUGGAUAAAUCGUUGGAUGUGCGAUGCGGAAACUGGGAAGCUGUCGAUUUCAGCGAUGUUCAAAUAUCAUAUGCAGCCGAGGAUGCAGUUAGCUCUGUGCAAAUAUUUGUGUCUGUUGCGCUCAACAAAUUAGAUUUCAACGAAGAAGACCUUAGAUCGGGAGAUAAUUGGGUAAGGGUUCUCAGUCUCUGCCAGGGGAUUAUUGAUGUAAAAUUCAGACAGGAGGGUGGGAAGAAGAAUAAUCCUCGGAAAGGGAACGCUGUUGCGAAAAGUAAAAAACCUAAUGAGGUGAAACAUGUGAGUAAAGCAUACUCUGCAAGGAGAGGACCACUGUACGAUAACUGUCAGUUGCUAGCACCGGAUGGUCAAUUAUUGUGUACGUGUGACAGACGAAAAGCAGAAUGGUACGUGCAUAAGGACAUCGGUGAAGUGGUUCAUGACGAUCAGCCAUAUACAGUCAGACUGAAGUUUGAGCCGUCAGGAAGACCUGGAUCUGAACGAAAUUAUUACCUGACAGAAAAAGAAAACCGAUGUGUGGUGUGUGGUGCAGUGGACUCCUACAUUCGAAAGAAUGUUGUCCCACACGAAUAUAGGAAAUAUUUUCCACGUCGUCUCAAAGAGCAUUCUUCCCAUGAUGUUGUACUGCUGUGCUUCGCUUGUCACCAGCUCAGUUCCAAUCUGGAUGCUCCAAUGCGACAACACUACGCUGACCUGUGUGAUGCGCCGCUGCCCAGUCACACACAUAACAGAUACCACGAGAACAUCACCGUAGUCAAAAUUCGCUCAGCUGCAAGAGCUUUGAAAUUCAACCGAGGAAAACUGCCGGAAGCACGCAAACUGGAACUAGAGGAAUAUAUUCAAAACUACUGCAGCAUCGAUGAUGUUAACGAUGAAGUAAUUGAAGAAUGUAUAAAAUUAGAUUCAAAAGUUACCAACGAUGGCUAUAUACCACAUGGGUACAAAGUCGUUGAAGUUGUUCGUCAAAGUGAGGGUGGACUGAUUGAGUUUGAGAAGGCUUGGAGACAACAUUUUCUCAAUACCAUGCAACCAAAGUUUUUACCAGAGUUGUGGUCUGUUGAUCACCGAACAGUCUCUGCUGGGGAACACACUAACAGACGAAAAUAUGGUAGCGAGGAAGACGACAUCAUACAAGUGAAAAGUCAUGACAAUGAAUGUAGCUCACAUUCUAAUAAUGAAUUCGAAACUGAUUUGUAA